CCUGUCGCUCGGUCAUCCCGCUUUCAUUGAAAACCCGCCCGGACUGUUGUGUUGACGCACGCGCACUGAGGCCCAACAAAGGGCCGAAAUAAGAACGGUUUGCAAGUGAAUCUGAUGUAUUUAUGUCAUAAAAAUGGUGAAAUCUGUGAAGUGGCGAGUAGAAAUUAGGAUAUUCGACGUGUCGAAUCAUGACCGAGGAAUCUGAAAAUGCCUACUUGGUGCGCGUGCGGGCGCAGGUGAUGUGUCGAGACGAAGGCACGGGCGGCUGGAUGGCGCUGGGCGGCGGCGGCUUGGCAGACGUCAUGGUGUGCCGCCGCGGACCAGUUGUUUUGUCAGCAGGCAGCGGGGAGAUGAGUAGCGACGCAGCACCUUCGUCCGCGAGCGCACCGCACACCGAGUACUACAUCCACGGCCGACGCAUCAGCGACAACAUGUUGGUGUUGGACUGCACGGUGAAGGACGACUUCCAGUACCACAAGGUGAUGCCGACGUUCCACCACUGGGUGUCGGACGAGAAGCGCUUCGGGCUGACGUUCCAGACGGCGGCGGACGCGCGCGCCUUCGACAAGGGCGUGCGCACCGCCGUCAGCGAGCUGUACCCUUUCCUAUGUGGUCUGGGUGGUGCGUGGCCUUCGAUGUACGGGUACGCAGGGAAGAAGAGCAAGGAAGAGGAUGAAGAGAACAAUAUAUUUGAAUGUCUGAACCUGCCAACGGACUCGCACUCGAGCUCCGAGAACUCGACAGCGAGCCGCGUGCGCCGCAACGACGAGUUGACGCAGACGCCCAUCCUCUCCGCCAUCACACUGCCGCAGCAUCCCCUCACUGAAUCAUUGAACUUGCAAUACGACGACAAGUUAGACGACUCGGAGGCGGACCGGUGUCCCUACGUGCACCUCUCUGCGGUGCAUGAAUACACGUACCCGCAAGUGGGUCCGGGAGGCGUCAUUAGUUCGGAGAAGUCUUCGCCCAACACCAAACCGCCGUUACUGAAACGAGAUUCCGGGUCGAUAAAGAAAUGUGGCUACAGCGGUCCUCCUCCACUGCCGGACAAGAAGCAACCUGCUGAACCAUUCCAAGCCAGGAUCAAGUGCAGGCACUGUCACGAAUGGUAUUUGGAGAGCGCGAACCGCGCAGGCGCGUGCGAGUUCGCGCCCGACUGCUUCAAGUCCUGCAUAGACUGCGUCUCCUGCAUCAAGUGUGCGCAGUGUAUGCUGUACCACUGCAUGUCGGACGCGGAGGGCGAGUUCGCGAUGCAUCCCUGCACUUGCGGACCUCCGGACGAGCAGUGCGCUAAACGAUGGCUGGGCAUAACUCUCCUAAGUUUGCUAGUGCCAUGUCUCUGGUGUUACGUGCCGCUAAAAUGCGCACACCGAGCCGCCAGAGCCGCUAGAAUCGCAGGUGGUGUGCACGCUCCACAACACAAAUAGACAGAAGAUAGACACAGCAUAGACAAAUGAUAGACAUGAGAUAGUCUCAGUCGAUAGACUCCCAGCUUACUGCAGGUACAUGUAUGUGAAGUCUAAAAAUGUUAUUUCUAACAGAAGCAUAUGGAAGCAAAGUUCAAGAAAUGAUACUGGAGAUUUAGGUGUUAAAAUAUGUUUUACAACACCAAUAACCUCCUAGCUAAAAUAGCUAACCACGAGAACUUAUUUGCAAUAAGAGACCUUAGUUCGCAUCCGUUUAUGCGAGGUCCAAAUGACCCUAGAAAGUCAAAGAAUGACCCUAGAAAGAUUAUACAAUUGAACUUUUAGAUUAUUCCAGAAUCGGGCAUUCCACAUUGACUUAUGUGCGACAAGGACCUCCAUUCGAAUUUGAUAUAUGCAAGAUGAAAGUUUAAGGAAGUGUUGGGAAGCAGACUGUCUUACUUUGAAAUGCUGAUGCAUACAGUACCUGUGUCUUGUCUAUUUCUAACUCAAAUGGGUGUGAGAAAUGGUUUUAACGAUAUGCCACAAGUCAUUGAGAACAUUGUGUGAAGACUUAUUACACCUGAGAUAAUAUUUGAUGAAAACACAUUUUAACCUGAGUUCAAUAAAGGUGAGAAGAAAAUAGUUUGAUGAAUAAUUAUGUAAAGGAAAUAUUUGACUUGAACAAAACUUGAACAGUCAAAAAUUCUAAAGAAGCAUUGUAACCUGAAGAUUAUGGAGAUAUUAAAGGAUUAUUUUGUGAAAAUAGAUAUAACGGAGCAGUGAUAUGUACUUGAAAUACCGUGAAGCUAUGGAAUAGGAUUUUAUGCAUUCAAGUUACAAAUUAAAAAUAGAGUAGAAAUGAGUAACAUACUUGCUGAUAAGUGAUAACUAUUCAAUAAUAAAUGAGCACAAAAUAACAACAAUAGACAAAGAAAUAGACAUACAGUUAGUCAAAUUAGUGUUUAAAACAUAAUGUAUCAAUACAAGUGGCAGAAAUUGUUUUAACGGAACAGUGCACUUGUGAUGUGAAGUGGUAACAAUAAGGUUUAAAAACGUAAUCAAAAUAGACUUUACAUUGUUUGCUAGCACAAAUAAUUUUAAAUGCGAGCAAUGUUAUGCCAUAAUGUCAUUACAAAAUAUUUAAUAGAAAAUUAAACAUACAAGUAAAUUCCGUGAAUUUAAUGUAUAUGAAAGAUUAUUUAUUCAGAAUAUUGCUUUAAUUUUGCAGCUAUCUUUACAUUAAUUAAUCUAUUUACUUUAUUUAAAAAUUACUAUUACUAUUAUGUAUAAAAGGUUAUUUUCAAGAAAAUAAUUCUAUAGUAAGCAAAAUAUAUAUUUAAUUACAAAUCAGUAUGUAAAUAUUUAUUAGAAGCUAUUUCAAUAAAAUCCAGACUUAGUUAUACAUUUCACUAUAUCAUUUUAUAAAUCACAAGAAAUGAAGUUAACAAACAAUACAUAUUAAACAUGUCCGUUACUGGAAAUUAUAAGAGUAAAGAAGAGGAAUAUAUUGUAUUAAUAUUUACAAAUUUUAAAACUAUUUUACCAUGGACUCAAAAUUAUUAAGAUGAGAAUUUUUUUCACGAAACCAUGAUUGGUACGAUAUAAUGUAUUUGUAAUAAAUAGUGUCUCAAUUUUAAAAGAUAUAUAUCCAUUGAAAAAUUGUGAGUGGUAUUGAAAGAAACAGUGCGUUUGCGGACAAGGAUUUAUGAAACAGUGGUGUUGAACAAUUUUUUAUUGCGACAACAUUAAGGAGUGAUGUGUAGGUUGGAAGUUGGAACACUGACUUAAUUUGUAGCGUGGCAACAUUAAAAAUGUGGAAAGUUUAGUGUUAAAUCACAUUUUUAUACCAGUAUUCAAAAAUACAUUAUUCCAUGUUCGUACAGUUAGUUUCAAGUAAAAAGACCGCUGACCCUGUACCUGUGCAGCAGGCGAUUUAUCGAUCUACUUCAGGUCAUCCAGCAUUCUUUCUACCUGAAAGAGACUGUAGCCAUUUUGCCACGUUGAACGUUUGGAGUGGGGAAAAAAUAAUAUAACAUACUGUAAUUACAUUGAUGGUGUUUUUAAAAAUUAAACUAACGAAUUCUGCUUUUUAAUUAUUCAUGCGCACUUAUUUAUUAUAUAACGUGCCAUAUUUAAUCAUUUUAAAAUGCUUGUUUUGAAAUUCCGUGAUUCGUGAAAAUUUUGGGUCUUCCACGGUAGCCAUAUUGAAAGUUUUUUUUCAUAAUCGUUACAUUGAAUGUAUCCGUUUUAAUAUCACACGAUAAAUAUUAGUUACAUUUUCGUAAAUUCUAUUUAUUCUAUUCUAGAAUACAAAUUAUAUUAUGCAAGUUAACAUAUCUUGUCGAUGUUAUUGUAUUAUGUAUUUAAUCUUUUUAUAUGUUUAGUCUAUCUUCAAACAGCACAAAUAACAUGCAUUUAAUAUAAUUACAUCCGUCUUACUAAAUAUUAUAUUUUAAUUAAGAGAAAAAUAUUUCGUUAUAAUGAAUUUAUUUUCUUAAAAUGAAAAUAUUUUAAACAGCUGUUUUUCUAUGUGUGUGACGUGAAGUACAUUUUUUUUUAUAUUAGAAUAUUUUUUAAUAAAAUUAGUUUUUACAACUAUGCAAUAGUGUACUAAAAUCACAUUUCGCUGCGUUCGUAAGAUAUAAUUGGGAACAUUGUGUCGUAAAUAAUUGUUUUUAGACUUUUAUAUUAUGUUUGAAGUUAGAUUGAAUGGUCGUUGCGUACAAAUUUUGCAUUUCCAAAAAGAUCUGAUUUCUCAUACGGGUUUCGUUGAAAUGAAAUUAAAAAUUUUCAAUCGUGAUUUGAAUUUUCGAUUUUUACUUUUUACUAUAAAUAAUAUACUUAAUUGUGAGUAUAAGAUAUUUAAUCGUAAUGUCACUUUGAACGACGAUAACAUUUAGUGUUAGCGUUAACACAGACCAAGCAGACUGUUUGAACAUGCGCGAGCAUUCAACGAAUUUUUUAAUAAUAUUGUCGCUAUCCAAUUCAAGAAAGAGUUGUAUAUUAUUAUAAAUAAUUGUAUAAAUUUUGCUUGAGAAUGACUCGUUGAAUAGUCGCGAAAUUACUCAUGUAAAAUACUAUUUUAUUUGAACUAGAUAAAGAUCAUAGUAAAUUAAUCCGUUAAAGAAUUGCUCGCGCUUACUUGAUCAGUGUUGCUUGGUCUGUGUUAACCUCACAGUUAAUCUGUUAAAAUUUUAUCAUAUAUAAAUGUUCAUGUGGUAUUACAUGUAUUUUAUUAAGGCAAAAGCAUACUUUUAAAACGCGAUGCGAUGAAGUUCGACGCAUUUUUGAAUCAAAUCAAAAAACAUAAACUACCUCGGUAGUUUUAAUUUUUCGUAUUUUGACUAAAAUACUACGAUUUGACUUGAUUCAGUGCUACAUUUAAUAAAAUCGCAUGAGUUAAAAGUAUGCUUCUACCUUUAUAGUUGUUAAGGUCAUAAAUUUUAGAUCGCUCACAUUCUCUCUGUUUUUGAUUCUAGUCUAAUUUCUUUAACGUUCUCUCAUUCAUACUCACAUUUUUUUAACAUAAAUAAUUCAGUUUUAUUAAAAAAAAAAUGACCAAGAAUUUUUGUAUAUUUAUAAAAUUAAGAUUUUCCACGGAAUCGUUUUAGGUUGAAGUGGUUGGGCCUUGCACGCUCGAACAAAAACAUUGAAACAAUAUUUAUUAUUAAAAAAAAAAAGUAGAUAUAUAAAAUCCACACAAUUGUUGCAAGAAAAAGGGCUCACUUGCGAUAAUUCUUGUCGAUUUUGUAUAUAGUUUCAAUGCAACGAUAUCUGAAUUCUUUUUUUGGUAUCGUUACAAUGAAAGUCAGGACCGAAAACUGUCUAAAAUAACGGAAACCGCCCAGCGGGGAAGGCCUAACGACCGAUACCUAAAACCUCUCUGUUAUUUUACUCUGCAUAAAAAUUUGAAUUAAUAAAAAAAUAUUUACUAAAAAAAUCAUAUAAAGUUUAACUGUUUUUUAAAAUAUACGAUAUAUAAAAAAAAUCAUAAUUUCUUUCCCGUUUUUUUAAGUGUUAACUAGAAUAUAAAGAGACUAUAUUAUAGGUAUCUUAUAAGAAAGGUUAAAGUAUUUGUGUUUUAGUGUUGCAUAUAAUAUUGUAAGCGUAAAUCACAUUUAAAUUAAAUAAAACCAAAGUUAUGUAUGGACGGACAGACUCCGUCGAAUGUGGUUGUUUACAUAAAUGUAUUGACAUAUGAAUAAAUAAUCGUACACAAAUCAA